AUGAUUUCAAGAAAUGGCUCGGAUCAACAAAAAAUUAGUAAAUCAUUAAAUUCCAUUGAACAUGAUGAUGCAGAUGAAGAAUAUUAUAAUGAUAUUAUUGAAUUAUCUCCGAGUGAAUUCAUUUCCAAGUAUAUUGAUGAUUCAAUUUAUUUUAAUGAUGAUGCUGUUGAUGAUUUUAAUUCAAUGGGAAUAGAAGAACCAAAAAGAAAAGCAAAUUUUCAUGAUGUUUCAACAGAUGUAUUGUGUUAUAUUAUUUUGACUUAUCUGGAUUGGAAGACUGUCUUUUCAAGUUGCUUGUCUGUGAGCAAGGAGUUUUUCAGAAGAAUUGCAAAUAAUAGACUAUUAUUUAUUAAUUUAUUUAAUGAAUUGUUUGUGAUGAAACAGGAAGAAAUUGAUAGCUUGACAUUUAAUAGUACAUUUAAACACAAAAACUGUCAUGUGGAAGAUAUUGCUCAAUAUGCAGGGUUUGGAAUACCUAAUGAACAUUAUCAUUUUUGUAGAGAUUACGAUUAUGAGUGGCCAAAUCAAUCUGAAUUUAAUGAAAUGCACAAGCUUCUAAAAAAGCAUUAUGUCAAUAACAGUAGAAUGACUGAUGCAAAAUUGAGAUUAAUUAGAGAAAGGUGGAAUAAUGCUAUUUCUGUCUAUAAAAAGAGUAAGAAUAUGAAACGAACCACAUCUAAAAAGGAAGAAAACCAAGCUUUACUAAAUCUCAUCAAGAGAAUUAUCAAGGAUAGAUUAUUUAUGAGAAAGUUCUUUAAUAAGGAUUUGAAAUCAGUGAAAAUAUGUCAUCUUCACUAUUCCCAUUUCGUCAAACAUGAGAGGUUGGGUUAUGAGGAAGCAAGAAAUAGAUCUGCUAAUCAACUUCCAUUGAAAGAUCAGGUAGAGCAUCUAGUUAAUGGAGAAGGCCCAUAUGAAAUGUUUGAGCUCGAGGAAAUAGUUAUUGGAAACCUCAAUAGUGUUUAUAAUCCUACAGAUGAAUUUAUACGUUGUUUUAAAAAUUAUUCAUAUGCAGAUAGCGAAGGAAUAGUUUCGUUUUUAGCGAGUAAGUUUUAUUAG